CCCCUUUCUCUUUCUUUCAGUACUCUCUCUCUCUCUUGCCAUGGCGGAUCUUGCCGGAGAUGACGCCUCGCUGAGCUGCAUUCUGCUGCAAAAAGUCUGAAUUUAUCAGGUGAUGGAGUCUUUCCGCCAGCAGAGAUCACCAGGCGCCAACAGUUUUCUUGGUCUCUUUUCCCAGCCGCCAACGCGCAACGGUGGUGCUGCCGCUGCAGCAACUUCACCGACCGGCGGCGGCGACGAGCUUGACGAAGACGAUAUUUUCUGGUCUGGAAUCGAUUCAUCCGAGCCGAAUCACCCAUCCCCCAAGCAUUCAUCUUCUAUGGCGAGCCCCAACCCUAACCCUAGCCCUAGCCCCUCCCUCUACCGCCCCGGCCAUCGCCGCUUUCCUGAGCGCAAUUUCGGCAUACUCGCCGCCUUACCGGAAGAAGAAAAGAAACGUCCUCUUCUCCAGCGAAAAACUUUCUCCCCGUCAUCAUCUUCUGCCGCUGCAUCACCUUCUUCGCCCUCUUCCUCUGCUCGGAUGAUUCCAGUGAUUCCGAAGCCGAAGACGGAGUACGCCAUGUCAGUUCCAGGAGGUAAGAUCUACCACCAAUCAGCGCCGGUAAACGUGCCCAUCGUGCCGCCGAGGGCUCGGAGAGGUUGGGAGGAUCUUGAUGGCGAUGUGAGGGAAUCUGAGGAUAUUGAAGAAGAGGAGAUGCUUCCACCUCAUGAGAUUGUGGCGAGGGCUGCUUCCAAGGAGUCUCCUUUGACCACUUUCUCGAUGCUGGAAGGAGUCGGGAGGACUCUCAAGGGUAGGGACCUGCGAAGGGUCCGCAAUGCUGUCUGGCAUCAAACAGGUGUGAGGAUGGCCGUCAACUGCAGUAAAGAAGACAUACUAUCCUACGCGUUGACCGACGCCAAAGGUCAAUUUCAGAUCUCCAUCGCAAAGCCAUCUCCUCUUCCAUCCGACUGCUCUGUAAAUCUACUCGGUGGGAAAACUCAGCUCUGCGGCUUCAGGAAAUCCAUUAUCUCCAAAAUCGUCGCCAUUAAUCCAUUAAAUGCAUCAACAAACAGUUCUUCUUAUACAGUUCGAACUCCGCUCGCCUUCUUCACCUCAUGCAAGAAAAUAAUUGAAGAAGCAAAACUUGAGAAGGGGAAUGGAGGUAACUAUGGUGGCCGAGCUGCUUUGGGAGAAGACAAGUCGCUGAACACGAUGGCAACGCAGCAGGCGGGGCUGCCGGAGCCGCCGCCGGAGACUUUCUGGCUGCCGCCGUUGAUCUAUGUUAUCCCCUUCUUUCCUAUCAUUGGGAUUCCUUGAAGUUGAAGACAGUGUUUUCUUUUGGCUAUUAUGCUUUAGCUAUCUGUGGGAGUUUGAAUGAGUUGGCUUUGUAUCUUAAAUAAGCCUAUGGGGAGUUAAUUAAUUAACUGCCUAUGUUUAUUUUGAUUUAA